AUGAUGAUGGUGGUUAUUUUAUUUUCAAAGUUGGAUGAUUCAGAUCUCCGUAUUGAUCGAAUCGAUAUCGAAGCCGAUUUUGACGGUUUUGAAUAUUUUUGGAUUGAAAAAUGUCAAAAUGAACAGAUAGUAAGACGGAAGAAACCGCAAAAGCUGAAGAUGAACUCACGGAUUCUGGAACGACACGGAAUUCUUUCAGAUCUCCGUUGAGGUUUUAGAAUUUUUCGAAUUUGAUAUUGGUUGUUUGAAUCUUCAAGAAUUAAAAAUACUAAUUAGUUUUGGAAAUAAGAUAUCUGAUGAGUUAGUUUGAAAUUUCAAAGAGAAAUUAAAGAUCUUGUGGGUCGAUUUUACAUUAUGAAAAACGAGUCGGAAAAAUUGAGAGAAAUUGCGUUUAGAAGUAAUUUUUCUAAUGAAAAUCUAUCAGAAAAGCUGAGAAAAAUCGUGAAAAGUUUUCCUCAAAUAAGUCAGAAAAUCUCCUGAAGUAUUUCUUGAAACUAGUACAGAUUUUGAUAUUGCAGAAAAGAUCUUUAAAUUAUAAAAUCGGGAGAUUUUAAAAUGAAAUUGAUGCUGUGUCCGCGUAUUUUCCUGAAAACUCGAAAUAGACUUCAGUCUCACUUUUUAUAUUGAAUGUUGCUUUGUCCCUUAUCUGGAAUCUCCUCAUGAACUCCAUAAUACAUCGAAAAGUCGAAAAUAUCCAAGAAUUGAUGGCGAGGUCGAUUUCCAUAUCGCUCAGGAUGACUCCUGAUUAUUGCAAAAUUCACCUGGACUUUUCGUUGAAUCUUCUCAUUUCAACUCAGCUUUUUAUUAAUUCCCAUGGGAUGGAAAGUUGAAAAUAAUCGACUUUUUCCUCACUGAAAGACAGCCCAUUCAGUGUUCAAAAGUUUUCCGUGAACGAGUGCGAAAAAGAUAACUAAUUUUUGACAGGGUCAGAGAAACACUCUCGAUUUUUCACGGAAAUUACUUUGGGAAAAAGCUUCAGAUUUUCCUUUUUCAGUCUCAUCUGACGAUCGACCUUCCCUUAAAUCUCCUUUCACCGUCUUUCGACCUUUCUAUGCUCUCGCCCUAGUCCCGUAUUUAUUCUCCAGAGAAAAACAAAUCAAAGUAAACGAAAUACUCAGACAUUUUUCUUGCACAUGACCCUCGGUCUCGACUUUCUUUUGCCCAUUAGCGAGAGAGGACGACGAGGCGUUGGCAGAAGGAAGAUUAUUUCCGAACUGGGAGGUUCGAAAAUUGACAAAUUCCGAGAAAAUCUUGGUUGCAAUGUAAAAUUAACAUUAGUCUCAAGAAACUUUGCAUUAAAAAGCAAAUCUUGUUGAGUAGAAUGAGAGAAUCCUACAAUAUAAAAAUGUCAAAUUUCAAUUUUAAUUGGUUUUUAAAUUCUGAAAAGGUAUGUUGAAAGAGUGAAACGUUAAUUUGAGACUAAUUUAGAACUAUAUUUUAUCUUUUGGACCUCCGAGUUUUCCGAUUUUUAUACAUUGGGCUGAAUGCAUUUUAUUUUAGGUUUAUUUUCGGGUUUCAUUUUGAGUUUUAUUAUGAAUUUUAUUAUGAGCUUUCAGAUUAAACUGCUUCAUAAAUUUGAUUCUCCAACCUGACCAGUAGUUUUGAGAAGGUUUUUAUGCAAAGCAAAAAUUGAGAUUUUCUGUUUUGAUCUCAUAGUGACCAUCCGUUUAUCAGCACAAAAUCCGAGAAAAGAAAUUUUGUCUUUCGUUGUUGGUGACUUUUCUAUUUAUUUCGCAGUAGAUUUUCUCGAGUCAUUUAUUAUCAAUUCUUUAGAUUAAAUUUUAAUGAAACGAAAAAUUUUUUUCAGAAAAAAAUUGUUUGUUUUAAAUAUUUCCGCGAGAAAGUUUCAAAAAAAUUUCUUCAAAAAAUAUUUUCUCAAUUUUUUUUCAAGUGAAGUCUUGAUAUUUUUUUGUUUUUUUACUUUGUCUUUGACUUUGACUUUUAUCGUUAUUUUUGAAAUCUUCUACUUCAGUUUAAAAAUACUAAGUUCAAUUCAGGAUCACGAAAGGCGUCAGCUACAACAUUAUGACUGGGAAAUUGAUGGCGGAUGAACAUGAGAAGAUUGAAAUUGUCGAAAAAGUAAGAAAAUAUCAUCCAGUGAUUGAAAAUGACUGUUUUCCUUCAGAAAAAUGAGGCUGACUUGACCUCGGAGACGGAAAAAUCCACCUCUUCCGGUUACAAAUCCACAAAGGACCUCGAAAACGAGAUUAUGUCUUUUUCUGACGUUUUUUCGGCGAUCCCGAGGGCCUUCAAUUAUGCGGAUUCGUUACCG